AUGGGAGAAAGCCAGUGCUUCUUCACCCCACAUCCAGUGCAGGGGACCCCAGGGGCUGAGUCCUCAGAGCCUCGGGCUUCUGUCUGUGCUUGGGUCAAAAACAUCUCUUGCACAAGCAAUGGUACUACAGCUGUGGAGUAUCAAGACACCAUUGAGUUCAGAUUCACCAGAGAAGUCAAUGGAACCUAUGUUUGUGAAAUCAAGAACCUAGUAAGUAGCCAUAGGAGCCAAGAACUGAAACUGAAGAUUAUCUAUGGUCCAGAUGUCCCGAUUAUAUCCCCCUCAAAUACUUAUUUUCGUUCAAGGACAAACCUCAGUCUCUCCUGCCAUUCAGCUGCUCUCCCACCCGCACUGUACUCUUGGUUUGUCAAUGGAGAGCUAGUGUCAUCCUCCCAAGAGCUCUUUAUCCCCAACAUCACUACUAAUAACAGUGGAUCCUAUACCUGCUUCGUCUAUAACUCUGUCACUGGCCUCAAUAAGACCACAGUCAAGAACAACAUUACAGCUCUUGAAAACUCCUUCCCCACAGAUGGGGACCAGCAGUUUAGAGCUCUGCUCCCAGAGCUCUUCUCCUGUCUCGGGGUGACUGGCUGA